CAGGUGUACCAGCUCCUCCCCUUCAAUCUUGAACAGGUGUACCAGCUCCUCCCCUCCAGUCUUGCACAGGUGUACCGGCUCCUCCCCUUUAGUCUUGCACAGGUGUACCGGCUCCUCCCCUCCAGUCUUGCACAGGUGUACCGACUCCUCCUCUUCAGUCUUGCACAGGUGUACCGGCUCCUCCCCUUCAGUCUUGCACAGGUGUACCAGCUCCUCCCUUUCAGUCUUGCACAGGUGUACCGGCUCCUCCCCUUCAGUCUUGCACAGGUGUACCGGCUCCUCCCC